GGGGCGGCGCGUGUUGACAGCGGCGGCGGCGGCGGCGGAGCCGGGCGGCGGCGGGAGUCGGCGCCCCGGGUUCCUGCCCCUGGUGUCGAGGCGGUGGCGGACGGGCGUCCGGGGAUGGCCUUCAUGGAGAAGCCGCCGGCCGGCAAGGUGCUGCUGGACGACACGGUGCCGCUGACAGCAGCCAUCGAGGCGAGCCAGAGCCUGCAGUCCCACACGGAGUACAUCAUUCGGGUGCAAAGAGGAAUUUCUAUAGAAAACAGUUGGCAGAUCGUUAGGAGAUACAGUGACUUUGAUUUGCUGAACAACAGCUUGCAGAUUGCAGGCCUCAGUCUACCUCUUCCUCCCAAAAAAUUGAUUGGUAACAUGGAUCGUGAAUUCAUAGCUGAGAGGCAGAAAGGUCUUCAGAACUAUCUCAACGUUAUCACCACAAAUCAUAUCUUGUCUAAUUGUGAGCUGGUUAAGAAGUUUUUAGACCCAAACAACUAUUCUGCAAACUACACUGAGAUUGCCUUACAGCAAGUUUCCAUGUUCUUCCGGUCAGAACCAAAGUGGGAGGUGGUAGAACCAUUGAAAGACAUAGGUUGGAGGAUAAGGAAGAAAUAUUUCUUGAUGAAAAUUAAAAAUCAGCCGAAGGAACGGCUAGUGUUAAGCUGGGCUGACCUUGGUCCCGACAAGUAUCUGUCAGAUAAAGAUUUUCAGUGUCUAAUCAAACUUCUGCCUUCCUGUUUGCACCCUUAUAUCUAUCGGGUCACCUUUGCCACAGCUAAUGAAUCCUCUGCAUUGCUUAUUAGGAUGUUUAAUGACAAAGGAACUUUGAAGGACCUGAUCUACAAGGCAAAACCAAAAGACCCAUUCCUAAAGAAGUACUGCAACCCUAAGAAGAUUCAGGGCCUUGAACUCCAGCAAAUAAAAACAUAUGGGCGGCAAAUAUUAGAGGUACUAAAGUUUCUACAUGACAAGGGAUUCCCUUAUGGGCAUCUUCAUGCUUCCAAUGUGAUGCUAGAUGGUGACACUUGCCGGCUGCUAGACCUUGAGAAUUCCUUAUUGGGCCUUCCUUCCUUCUACCGAUCCUAUUUCUCACAAUUCAGGAAAAUCAACACGUUGGAAAGCAUGGACGUCCACUGCUUUGGCCACUUACUGUAUGAAAUGACUUACGGACGACCGCCAGACUCAGUGCCUGUAGAUUCCUUCCCUCCAGCACCGUCUAUGGCUGUGGUGGCCGUGUUGGAGUCUACGCUGUCUUGUGAAGCCUGUAAAAAUGGCAUGCCUACCGUCUCCCGGCUCUUACAGAUGCCAUUAUUCAGUGAUGUUUUACUAACCACUUCUGAAAAGCCACAGUUUAAGAUCCCCACAAAGUUAAAAGAGGCAUUGAGAAUUGCCAAAGAAUGUAUAGAAAAAAGACUAAUUGAAGAACAGAAACAGAUUCACCAGCAUCGAAGACUGACAAGAGCUCAGUCUCACCAUGGAUCUGAAGAAGAAAGGAAAAAGAGAAAGAUUUUAGCUCGAAAGAAGUCAAAACGAUCUGCUGUUGAAAAUAAUGAAGAGCAUUCAGCAAAAUACAGCAACUCCAAUAAUUCAGCAGGAUCUGGGGCCAGCUCACCUCUCACAUCCCCGUCGUCACCGACCCCACCCUCUAUGGCAGGCCAAGUUUAUAAUUAAAAAAAAAAGAGGUGUGCUUAUCUGGGAAUCAAGUCAAGAAUAGUGUCUUACAGCUUCAUGAUGAAAGCAGUUUUCUCAAGAAAGGAAGGAAAAGUCUUCACUUUUAAGGACUAGGAUUCAAAAAACAAUUCCUGCUCAAGGUAGCAUCUCAAACACAACUCAAUCUGGGAGCUCUUGGGAACUACACCUUGGGCCGGGGAACCUAAACUCGAGGACGAACACUUGCUAGUUCUGGGACCUUGGACAAGGCUAUUGGCCUCCCUGUUGCUUCCGGUUUCCCCUUUGUCAGUGAGGAUGAUAACAGUGCCUGCCUACGGGCGUUAUUAGAGGAUCCAGCACAUUCCAUGUGUAUGGGGUUAGAACAGCACCUGGCGUACAGUAAGCCCUUGCUACACUGUUCCUUACUGGGAGACCUUGGAUGAGUCAGUUGACGUGUCCGGGGAUUGGCUACCUCCUCUGUCAAAGGCAAAAAGGUCAGAAUCAAGGGGAGACCAUCUCACAGUCUCUUCUAAUCAAGCAUACUGUAAAUCCACUGGGGACCCUGUUUGCUCAGCAACAGAUCAACUUAGGCAAGUUCAGUUGGACCGCAUUGUCUUCCUUCCUGAAAGCAUCAGCUUUAACCACAUUCGUGAUAGCUGACAGUGGUCUUAGGCUCCGUGACUCUCAGUAUGGGAGAAGUAACAGAUGUUUCUAAGGGAAGGGGUCUCACUCUCAGGAGCUCUUUCCAGCAAUUGGGUGAGGGCUGGGGUCUCUCCCAUUUCUUACUGCACCUCGUGCCAUGGCACCUCUUCUUGAAGUCCUUACCAGAUAGUUGGGGGAAAUAUCAUUUCCCUAAGUCCGCUGGUGAUUCCUUUGGGAGGGGUGGGAUUCUCUAAAACUUUUGCUGCAAUCCUUCUAUUUUCAGUGAGAACAUUCCUUUCUUUUCUGUUAAAGGUUAUGCUUCCUACUUCUGGAAGGUCACUCUUUCAAGAGCUUUAAAAUUAUUUAUCCUGACUUAUUUCAUGGUAAAUAUCACUAGCUCAUGUUUACAUUUGUAUUCCUAGAACUGAGUGGUUUAGAAGGUCCCACAAGUACGCCCUUCCACUCUCUCUUUCAGAGCAGACAGGCCUGUUGUCUUGCAAUUAUUGUGUGUGUGUGGUUUCUUUUUUUUUUUAAAGAUUUUAUUUAUUUAUUUGACACAGAGAGAAAGACAGCGAGAGAGGGAACACAAGCAGGGAGAGAGGGAGAAGCAGGCUUCCCAUGAAGCAGGGAGCCCGAUGCGGGGCUCGAUCCCAGGACCCCGGGAUCAUGACCUGAGCCGAAGGCAGAUGCUUAACGACUGAGCCACCCAGGCGCCUGUGUGUGGUUUCUUUUUAAAACAGGUUUGCAAAAGAGUGUUUUGGGAAAGCUAAGUAAGAGGAGACCCUAAAUUAUUAUUGUUCUUAAUAAUUAGAUAACAUAUUUUAGGCACUUACUUUGUGCGAGGCACUGUUCUAUUUGAUUUAUAGGCGUUAUUUGAUUUAAUCCUCACGAAUUCCUUCCUAUUCAAUGAGAGUAGUUUCUACUAAAGCUCCAUUUUAAAGGCAAAGAAACGGUUAAAGGACUUUGACCAAGGUCACACAAGUGGGGGACGCUAGAGCCAGGAUCCGAACUUGGUUCUGACCUUGCCCAUUUACCCCGCCGGUUUUGAUCGAGUGCCCGUUCUCUUGGGUACACUGCAGGGUGUGUGCUGUUAAGUAUUGGUCAGUGGCCUGAAAAGAACCCUGAAAGUAGAGUUGGAACACCCUGGGCGUGGGUCCUAGCCCUGCCACUUUGCAGCUAAGACCUUGGACAAGUAAUUUCCAUCCUUUGAA